GCAGCACUGAGCGCCGCCAGGUGCCCAGAACUUUGGGCACUGCCUCCGGGACCCCCUGGUGGCCAGCGGGCGGGAUGGUGCCUGCCUCCUGACCUUUGGUGCCCCCCUGCUGAUGUGCCUGGCCUGCGCCUGCUAUGCCGCCCUCCAUCUCGGCCUUCCAGGCCGCCUACAUUGGUAUCGAGGUGCUCAUCGCCCUGGUCUCUGUGCCCGGGAACGUGCUGGUGAUCUGGGCCGUGAAGGUGAACCAGGCUCUGCGGGAUGCCACCUUCUGCUUCAUCGUCUCGCUGGCGGUGGCUGAUGUGGCCGUGGGCGCUCUGGUCAUCCCACUCGCCAUCCUCAUCAACAUUGGGCCACGGACCUACUUCCACACCUGCCUUAUGGUUGCCUGCCCUGUCCUCAUCCUCACCCAGAGCUCCAUCCUGGCCCUGUUGGCAAUUGCCGUGGACCGCUACCUCCGGGUCAAGAUCCCCCUCCGGUACAAGACGGUGGUGACUCCCCGGAGGGCGGCGGUGGCCAUCGCUGGCUGCUGGAUUCUCUCCUUCGUGGUGGGGCUGACGCCCCUGUUCGGCUGGAACAGGCUGGGGGAGGUGCAGCGGGCCUGGGCAGCCAACGGCAGCGAGGGCGAGCCCGUGAUCGAGUGCGAGUUCGAGAAGGUCAUCAGCAUGGAGUACAUGGUCUACUUCAACUUCUUUGUCUGGGUGCUGCCCCCGCUGCUGCUCAUGGUCCUCAUCUACCUGGAGGUCUUCUACCUGAUCCGCAAACAGCUCAACAAGAAGGUGUCGGCCUCCUCCGGGGACCCGCAGAAGUACUACGGGAAGGAGCUGAAGAUCGCCAAGUCGCUGGCCCUCAUCCUCUUCCUCUUCGCCCUCAGCUGGCUGCCUCUGCACAUUCUGAACUGCAUCACCCUCUUCUGCCCUUCCUGCCGGAAGCCCAGCGUCCUCAUCUACAUUGCCAUCUUCCUCACUCACGGCAACUCAGCCAUGAACCCCAUCGUCUAUGCCUUCCGCAUCCAGAAGUUCCGGGUCACCUUCCUUAAGAUUUGGAAUGACCAUUUCCGCUGCCAACCCUCACCCCCCAUUGACGAGGACCCCCCAGAAGAGGGGCCCCACGACUAGACUCCACCUUCUGCUCCCACCUGGCUGCCCACAUUGGGGGCAUCAGCCCAGUCCUACCUCCCCACUGGUCCCACUCCUGAGCCUUCCUGGCAGGGCUGUGGGGUGUGGGUGCCCUGCAGCUUGGGUCCUGGAGGAGGUUUGGGAGGGCGGUCCGUGGGGAAGGAACCAGGGAACCUGAGGAGAGGAGGAAAGUGGCUUGAGCCUCCCCAGCCGUGUGAACAUCAUGCGGAGAGCCCAGAGCUUUGGGCUGGAACGGACCUGGGGAGCCUGAGGCUGCAAAGGGGCCAUGUGGGCUGGGAGGGCAAGCUGGGGUUCCCAUGGCAGUUGGGGGAGCCUGCUUGUCUCUGGUGGUAGUGGGGCAACCCUGGGAAGCCUAAGGAAAGGAGAGGAUCCCCUCCAAGAUGGAGGGAGGGAGGGAGAGGAACUGGACAUCGUGGUCUUGCCUUCUCUUCUUGCUGUGGGAGAAGUUGGCAGAGCCACUGAGAGGCAGGAAUCAAGGAGACUCAGUGUCCGCCUCCCAGGACCCUGAGCUCCUAGCCAUGCUGGGUGCCUGGGUGCCUGCUCUCCCUGCCCUGAAGAACCCAGGUUUAUACUUGGGAGAGGCAGAAAGAGCAGGUCCAGAAAUCAUUCCCAACUUUUGCUUUAUUCUCCACCAGCCCUGGGACCCUGAAGUGGGGUGGGGCUCCAAGCCCCUUAGAGCUCAUGUGGAGUUGAAGUGCAGGUCUCACACAGCCACCAGGUGGCAGCACUGAGCCCUUGCUCGGGCCCCGGACGUCCCAAGAAGGGGCCUGGGAGGUAACUACCUGUCCACUGGGCCCUGAUGAUGGCCUGGACUCUCUUAAGUGACACCCAUCUCUGCUGUUUCUGGGCCAGAUGGAGAGGAGAGCCCCAGACAUGACAACACGAAGGAGCAUUAAGCCUGCCUGGGGAGGGGGUGGACAAGGGAAAGUACUGGAGUGACUUGUGCCAGACUGGAACAGGCCAGGGGAGACCACACCGCUGAGGGGGAGGCAGAAGGAGCUUGCUGGCAUUUAAAUGUCCCCAGCAUCCCUGGCACUGAGCACAGUUUUCAGGGGCUUUGGGGCUCUGUGGCACGGUGUAGGCUUUAGAGCAUCUAGGGAAGUGUCCACCUUCUGCCAAGCUGGAGGGCGGGGUUUGUCCACAGGGGAGGGGGCGGGUUCUGCGAGUGAUUCCAGGCCCCGCCCGUUCUUGGAGGUGGGAUGUUCCCUGGCUCCCAGGGAGGGCCUCCUGACUAAUAAAGACUGUGAAACUUGA